AUGUCGACCACAUACAGCAUCGACAGGCCUAAUACUUGCCAGCAUGUUGAGAUCCGCACGGGCUGCCUGGCCUGUUGCGCUGAGGAUACGCAGGCUGACCUUCGAGAGGCAAACUCUCAGAAGUCAAAGUGCUUAGAGACGAUCAAGGGAUACAAGGCGUAUCUCCAUCAAACCAGCGAGCUUCCCACAGACCAGAAGCGCCGCUUCGACGAAAGGCUUGCCAAAGAAACCGAGCUCAGUGCUGCAUGGGAUGAGCGUUCAAGAUUACUCGAGGACGUGUCUCGAGGUUUCGCAGAGGCGGUGAAAGCCCUGUGUGUCAGUAGUGAUCAUGCGAAUGGCACUGCCGAGCUCGCCCAGGUGUUCGAAGCCGAUGCCCUUGAGAGGGCCUUCUCCAUGGAGUUGAUCUGGCAGGCUAGUGCGAGGCACGAGCAUGAGGCAGCUUUGGUCAAGUUCGUGCCAGAGGACCCGGCAUGCAACGUCAGCUUCACCGGUCUAGACCGCUCGAAUAUACAGGCGAGCCCGGACUGGAUCGUCAACGAUGGUGUGGGUUUCUCGGUCUUCCUCAAGUCGACCAAAGCGGAAAGACAGCCAUCGCAAGGUCUUGGCCCACAGCCUGGUCCGGCCACUAUGAGCUACGGCCGUGCAAUAUCUGAGUUUGGCUUGCCCGAACCGCCUGAAGCUGGCCCGUCAAGCGAGUCGAGCGCAGUAUCAAGUGAGCAGCUCCCAGCGGUUUCGGAGGACGCAAUAAUCGCCACUCAGCUUACCAAAUGUCACCUUGGUACACAGAAGGCAAUCACCGAGGGUGAGUUACGGCUUGCGAGGGGUGACUCGCCUCCAACUACGAGCAGAUAUAAGGAGGGUAGCCAAUGGGCUGUGUUCGGGGCUGGCAAGUUCAUGAGUUUUGCAGGCGUAAUUGUCCGCCAUUAUGCGAAGCUGGUGGCGCAGAGAGUUGCCGAAGAGAAACGCCAGAAGCAGGAGCAGAAGGGCCAGACGCAAGAAGGGAAUUCGGCAGCAGACACCGCCGAUGCCUCGACAGACGCUGCCGCGACAGCCCCAGCCCCCGCCUCCACAGCUUUCGCUGUGGACAAAGAGACAGGUCUGCCCGCCGUUGAAGGACAUGAUUACAACGGGCUUACGAACUGGCUCUGCCGCUGUUUGAUCAGUCACAAGGACUUCCUCCGCGUCACUCAGAGGUGGGAAAAAGAGCGCAAUACACGCAAUGAGAGAGUGGCGGCUAAGAUUCUGGAAUGGACUCCACCAAUGGACUUCGAGGAUGGACGUUUAGGACAACCCGAUCCAAGGGACUUCUACAACGGUACGCCUCUCGGUGAAGUCGACCAAGCCAAGCUGGGCAUCAAGACUAAGGUCACAACUGGUUGA